GCGGCAGCGGCGGCGGCGGGCGAGGGAGGGGGCUGGCCCCGGCCGCCCGAAUCUGCAGUUGUCUCCCGAGCACGGGCUGCGCCGCCCGAGCCUCUGGGCCGGGGAAGCACUGUCGGUUCGCUCCCGGGCCGGCUCCUCCAGGCGCUCGCAGGCAUGCAGCCCGGGAGCAGGCGGCACGACCCAGGCAGCUGCUGAGCCGGCCGGGGCGGCGGGGACGAGCGCCGGCCGAGCCCCUCCCACCUUGCCCCGGGGCCGACGAGCGGCGCCCCGGCACCCCCUCUUCGCCCGCAGCCCCGCCAGCGCCACCCUACGCGGGCCGCAGGGGCUCAUGCAGCCGCCAAGGGAGAGGCUAGUGGUAACAGGCCGAGCUGGAUGGAUGGGUAUGGGGAGAGGGGCAGGACGUUCAGCCCUGGGAUUCUGGCCGACCCUCGCCUUCCUGCUCUGCAGCUUCCCCGCAGCCACCUCCCCGUGCAAGAUCCUCAAGUGCAACUCUGAGUUCUGGAGCGCCACGUCGGGCAGCCACGCCCUGGCCGCGGACGACGCCCCCGAGUUCUGCGCCGCCCUGCGCACCUACGCCCUGUGCACGCGGCGGACCGCCCGCACCUGCCGGGGCGACCUGGCCUACCACUCGGCCGUCCAUGGCAUAGAGGACCUCAUGAGCCAGCACAACUGUUCCAAGGAUGGCCCCACCUCGCAGCCACGUCUGCGCACGCUCCCGCCGGCGGGGGACAGCCAGGAGCGCUCGGACAGCCCUGAGAUCUGCCACUACGAGAAGAGUUUCCACAAGCAUUCGGCCGCCCCCAACUACACGCACUGCGGCCUCUUCGGGGACCCGCACCUCAGGACUUUCACAGACCGCUUCCAGACCUGCAAGGUGCAGGGUGCCUGGCCGCUCAUCGACAAUAAUUACCUGAAUGUGCAGGUCACCAACACACCUGUGCUGCCUGGGUCAGCAGCCACGGCCACCAGCAAGCUCACCAUCAUCUUCAAGAACUUCCAGGAGUGCGUAGACCAGAAGGUGUACCAGGCAGAGAUGGAUGAGCUCCCUGCUGCUUUUGCUGAUGGAUCCAAGAAUGGUGGGGACAAGCAUGGGGCCAACAGCCUGAAGAUCACUGAGAAAGUGUCAGGCCAGCACGUGGAGAUCCAGGCCAAGUACAUUGGCACCACCAUUGUCGUGCGCCAGGUGGGCCGCUACCUGACCUUUGCAGUCCGCAUGCCCGAGGAGGUGGUCAAUGCCGUGGAGGACCGGGACAGCCAGGGCCUCUACCUCUGCCUGCGGGGCUGCCCCCUCAACCAGCAGAUCGACUUCCAGGCCUUCCAUGCCAACGCUGAGGAUCCCGGCACCCGCAGGCCGGCAGCGGCCGGCCCCGCACCUGCAGCUCCUGAGAGCUUCCCGUACGAGACAGCCGUGGCCAAGUGUAAGGAGAAGCUGCCCGUGGAAGACCUGUACUACCAAGCCUGCAUUUUCGACCUCCUCACCACAGGCGACGUGAACUUCACACUGGCCGCCUACUACGCCUUGGAGGACGUCAAGAUGCUGCACUCCAACAAGGACAAACUGCACCUGUAUGAGAGGACUCGGGAGCUGCCGGGCAGGGCGGCUGCUGCAGGGCUGCCCCCAGCCCCCCAGCCCCUGCUCAGCACCCUCAUCCUGCUCCUCACCCUGCUCCCUGUGUUCUGGUAGAUAGCUGCCAUGUGGGACGCAGAGGGGGGCGCGAGCUCUGCCCCCGAACCUGCAGUGUCUCUGUCUGAGGCCUGGGAAUGCAGAUCGGCUGGCGCGUCCCCUGUGGCCCAGCCACCUCUGCAGCACUCAAGAGCAGGGGCAGCCCCGGGGACGGUUCCCUCAGAGCCGCCUUGGGUUGUCUGCUGGCACGGGCUUGGGGGUGGGGCGGCCCCUGCUCCCUCUAGUACACGUGACAAGGUUGUGGUGACUGGUGCUGUGAUGUUUGUGACAGUAGAGCUGUGUGAGAGGGAGAGCAGCUCCCCUCUGCCCCGCCCCCGCAGUGUGAAUGUGCAAAAGAGCCCCUCAGGCUGAAGCCCCCAUCCCAACCCCUGCCAGAGAGACACUGGGACUAUCUGAGUCAGCUCCUUGCACCCCCUUCCAAUGCACUGAAACAGGCCUGGCUGCUACAUGCUAAUUCGUGGGGCCGCCUGUGCCCACUGCACACACACACUCUUACACGAGCACACUCGCACGCGCUCAGCCAGCGGGACUCCCAGCCAGGCCGAUGAAUGAAGCUUGAGUCCCAGGCAGGGUCUCCUUCACGGCAGGACACCCUCAGGGCUCUGCGUGGCAUCUUCAGCAAGCUGAUGGAACCCUUUGGUCAAUAGGUUGUACCUUCCUGGUGCCUUCUUACCUGGGAGACCACUGUGUGCGUCUGCUGCUGUGGCACCUGCCUAAGAGCUCUGCAGUUGGAGGGAUGAUGUGUGUUGGCACGUGAUCUGAGUGAAGCCACUCACAGGCUCAGAUGCCCUUCUCUGGCCCCGCCCAUUCCCACUGUUCUUAGAAAGUUGAAGUGCUUGGUUAUAAAUGUCUAAACAGAGAAGAGAUCCCUUGACUUCUGUUCCUUCCCCUUGAGUAGACACAGGAGCCCCUGGGCAGAAGAGUUUGGGCCCCAGGGCGUGGGCAGGAGACCCAGUGGAUAGGGCCAGCUGGCCUGCCCUGAUCCUCUUUCUCCUCACCUGCCACCAGGGCCCCCAGCCGCUGGUCAGCAGCCCCAUUCCCCACCCUGCCCACCUGGAUUUUGGGGAAAGAGGCAGAAUCUAGACAGAUUCACAGUCCUGGCAGGGUCUCCCCCCUCUAAUCCCUUCCCUUAAGCCCUGUGCUCACACAGCCAGGAGCAACUUGCCACUGGGAGCCCUGGCUCCCGCCUCAUUUCAGCCCAGGGUGCCCCUCCAAGGAUGCCCACUUCUGCUGCUGUUUCAGAGACCCCCAGGGACCGACACAGGGCUGGGCUCUGCUCUCGAAGGUGCAGCCAGAUCCUGGAGGACACCCCUGCCAGUAUCCCUGCGUCCCCACACCGUCCCCACCUGCAGCAUCCACUGCAGCCCCUCAGCUGUCCCCAGGGACCUCUCAUACACUGGCUAGGAGGCUGUGGACUGCGCGUCUCCCCUCUCCCUCCAAGAGGUCCUGCUCCCUCUGCCAAAACCCUGCAGGCAGGCAGGGGCAUGGCUUGGCCCCUCCCUGUCCCCAAUGGUUCUUAGGUGCCCCUAUGUUGGAAGUAAAAAUUGAAGCACUUUACUUUGGUUGUGUUUGAUCACAUUCUGCUUGGAAGCGGGUACCCCUCACUGCGUCCAUGUGUCUGCGACCUGUAUGGGGUGUCACCGCGUGUACAUACUGUAAAUUAUUUAUU